GUUGGAAUCCUGGGAAAUAUUAUUCUCCUGAAAGUUCUGGUUCAAAAGAGGAGACUGUGGAGCCUAUCGGACACCUUUAUUCUCCACCUGAGUAUUGCGGACAUCCUCCUCCUGUUAAUGCUGCCCUUCUGGGCUGCACAGACAACUCAGCUUUGUGACUCGUUUUGGGGGAUUUUCAGCCGGGCCUUUGGGGUCGUUUUCAAGCUCAACUACUUCUGUGGGGUCCUUCUGCUGGUUUGCAUCAGUCUUCAAAACUAUCUGUCAUCCAUUCGUGGCAUCCAGUUAUAUUCCCACAGGAGGCGCUGGUUAGUUCAUAUCAGCUGCCUGUUAGUCUGGCUUAUCUCUGUCAUCCUCACUGCACCUGACUGGAUUUUCCUGGUGGUUAAAAAUAAUUACACAGAAGAGAAAACAUGUGUUCACAUCUACCCUCAAUCUGGAACUGAUUGGCAGUUGUGGUCACGCCUGCUACACCACAUAUUUGGCUUGGUGCUACCUGCAUUCAUGCUGAUGAUCUUCUCACAUAUGCUAUGGCGGCAGUGCAGCUCUAAUGGGGCCCGAAUGCAGAGAAAUAUCACCGUCAUCCUGUCUCUGGUGGUUGUAUUCUGUCUGUGUUGGAUGCCGUACAACUUCAUACUUGUUUUGGACACUGUCCAGAACAGACUUCAGAAACAUCUUAACGAUUCACAUGAAGGUUCUGAAGGUUCACUAAAAACACUUCUCAUGGUCACCUCUGCUAUAGGCUGCCUUCACGCCAGCCUGAGGCCUCUGCUGUAUCUCGGCCUGUGUGGAAACUUCAGGCAACACUUACUGGCCAUGCUGAGAU